CUUCCUGUGGGAAAGGAGGUACUGGGUUAAGGUGCAGGGUGUUAUAACACUGACUCUUCCCCUAAUACACCAACGGUUUCACAGCCUCUUCAUUUCUAAUCCUUGCAUCUUGCAUUGUAAUAUAUUCAACUCGUGUCGUACGUCUGUCUGGUCCAUAGUCGUGAAUGCGAUAUCUAAGGACCGCCUGGAGGGAAUUUCUUAAUAUUUGGCAUAAACAUCCACCUGUGUUCAAAGAUCCACUGAUUAGAAUUUGGUAGUCAAAGGUCAAUGUCACUGUGACCUGCAUGUAAACUGCAAAUUGACUUGUUGGCAGAGGCGAUAAUUAUAGUUUUUCAUGCUGUACUGAAAACAACUUCCACUGACUGAUUGUGUGGCUAUUAAAGUGAAGAGAAAUGUCAUCCUCGUAGUGGCGCUAGAGGAAAAGUCAGGAGAACACCAAAGUCCAUCUGCUUCAUCCUCCAUGGACCAUGAAUAUUUGUACAACAAUUAAAGGAAAUCCAUCCAACAGUAGUUGAGAUAUUUCAGUCUUAAUAUACAGACUUGAUAUAAAUGCAGUUAUUAGUAAUUGGUCACUGCAGCCAUGUUUAAAUGAUGUUCAUCGGACAAGUUAAACAGAUUCAGAUAUUGAGGGUCUUAACCUUUUUGUAGAGAGAAGACGAGCUUCCGUUUUCACCUAAACACAAUAACAAAGGGACUUUGAACUGAGGAAGCUUUGGUGCCACUGAUGCCUUUCAUAUAGCAGGUCAGUGCCGCCUUUCACCGAUAAGGGUUCAGUAUUACAUCACGGUGUUUUCACAGAGGUUAGAGUCCUUCAUAGGAAUGAGAGGAUGGAGAAAAUUUAAUUUUAUAUUCAAUGCUCCACUUUUAUUGCAAUCAGCUGUUGGUAUACAUGAACAUACAGACAUUUUCUCCUCAAAGUAGCCUCAUGUCUGUGGUAAGUUUUGUUUUAAUAAUAAAUAAUAGAAAAGUUCAAAUGAUAGACAUGCCUUGUGUAAAUAACCUUCCAUACUGUCCGUCACACUAAGAUAUAAUACAUGACGUUGGUUUUCAUGCCAGCUCAUGUUUUCUUUAUACAUUUUUAAAAUAUGUGCUUUUAUUUUGAAAGGCAGGGGAAAUAGAUGAAGAAAAACAAAACGGCAGCUGUGUUGACCAAACUACAGCGGAUUUGGUGACUUGCUGAUAAGGGCACAAGAUUUUAACAGUGCUUCGUUUCUCAGGAGAACAAAGGUCAGGGCAGAUCGUCAGACCAGUAGAGAAGACAUGGGUCCUAUUAUGACGGCUGCUACCAUUGGAGCAGGAGCAAUAGUUGCUUUGGUCGGGGCUCCUAUUGUUCUGGGAGCCGCAGGUUUCACCUCCGCUGGGAUCGCAGCAGGCUCCAUUGGUGCGAAAAUGAUGUCGAGUGCUGCAGUUGCUAACGGAGGAGGAGUGGCAGCAGGAGGUGUGGUGGCUAGUUUGCAGGCAGCAGGUGCAGCUGGUCUGUCAGGAGCUGCCACUGCAGCUGUGGCAGGCACCGGAGCAGCAGUGGGAUGGCUGACCAGCUUCUUCCGCUGAAGAGAAUUACUUGAGUGUACCUACUAAACAGCCCUUCUGUGACUUCAGACGACUGAAAUGUUUUGUUCAAUAAAUCUGUGCAUCCUCUGAGA